CUUUUUUUUAUUUUUUUUAUUGUUAACAAUUUUUUCUAUUUGCCGCCAGUAGACGAGACAAUGUGUGGACUACAAUAGCGUUCUUUUUCCCCCGGACUUCUCCUUUACCUUGGAAAAAAUCCUAGUGGACAGGGACUAUGUUCUAGACUCAAGGUGUCUCCGAUAUGCUCUGUAGCACACAUAGUCUUGUGUUCUUGCUGAGGGCACAUUGAACAGUUCCCUGAUCAAAACUUCUGUUCUGAACUUCUUCCUCUUUAAUUCUUUUUUUUUUUUUUUGCCACACCGACAAUUUCCUUCUCACUGUGAUUAUUCCUCUGAGUUGACCUCACCAUAAGUGGCCAACAAGUGUGGAAAAGAGAGACUUAGGCUCAUAAUCAUGGGUAUCGAAGCACUCGAUUUCCCCCAAAUGUGGGAACGUCCCAGCUAUACUCAACUAGCAGACAUUCUCCAGAGUCUCGAACUUAGCCCUCCAAUAUGGAACCACAAGCGUCGUCGCUCUGAGAUCAUCGAGGAGCAAGAAUCUCUCGCCAGCCAGCGCAAGGCAGAAGUCACUCGUUAUCUCUCCUCUAUCAUCAAGAGCCCCUUAUCAUGGAUCGACGACGAUGAUGAGAAGGAGGUUCUCUGGACGCAGGCAAGCAAGCGCAUGUCGGAGCGGUGUGGACGCACGGCUAUGGGAGAGGUUAUUCGCAGAUGGCCCUUUGGAGAGGGAAACGAUGAGUUCGAGUUGAUCAUUCGAGAACCGGCGCUUACCGGAGAUUCUUUGGGUUUCAAGACUUGGGGGUCUUCAUACGUGCUAUCACAGCAUCUUCCUCGCAUGGCGGAAACAUCACUAUUUCGAUUAUUCGAUGAGACGUUGGGUCAACCGCGACCUGAUGUCAUCGAACUCGGCUCCGGGACUGGUCUCUUGGGUCUUGCCGCAGCAGCUCUAUGGAAAGUUCCCGUAGCACUCAGCGAUCUUCCUAACAUCGUUCCAAAUCUCAGAGAGAACGUGGCCAAGAACACUGAGCUUGUCAAGUCUCGCGGGGGAUCACUCACAGUUGGCGAUCUCACCUGGGGAGGGAGCGAAGACGAGGUCGAUCAGACCCUGUUUGGGCAACCGCAUCAGUUCAAGAUUGUCCUCGCGGCUGAUCCCAUGUACGACGAUGAACACCCAGCGCUUCUCGCCUCAGCCAUCAGCGACCACCUUGCUCUUGGCUCCGAUUCACGCGCUGUCGUCAUGGUCCCCCGUCGAGAUGCUACCACAGAACGUCUCCUCGAGUCGUUCCGCCAGGCUAUGCUUGACCUCGAAACCCCCUUGUUCUGUGAAGAAGAGGACGAACUUGCGGGACAGGACGACUGGGUUGAGGACGAUGACGCGGGCAAUGUGCGGUGCUGGCUGGGUGUCUUCAGCCGUGGUGGCUCACCGCCGUCUCAAGUCGGUGAUGCAGUACCCAUAUAGCACUCUAACUGGCCACGGCAGCCAGUGAUUAACAGAGAAAGGGAGAGUCAGGUGCUUGAAGAAGAGACGAAGUUGAUACAGUGGAAAAUAUCAGACGAACUAGACAUAGACACUGAGCGAGUGAGGAAGCAUAGCCACAAUAGAGACCAAUGAUUUUAUGCAAGCAAUUGCACUGUUUGAGUCAUGGAUCUCCCGUGA